AAUAUAAAUUAUUGCAUUCGAAAGUUGGGUGCUAAAAAAGAGUGAGUCAAUUGAAAAUAUGAAUUGGUUGUAUUUAGCAUCCUUGGCAGUCGCCCUUGUGUACUUCGCCGCGUCGGCUAAAGCAUUCACCUCGGGCCUCACGCCCGCCAAGGAGGAUAAUGGUGGUAUAAAGAGCAAUGGAGAUGCCUUCAGUAACUUUUUGUGUGGGAAUAAUUUUGAAAAAUGCUACGGGAAAAAAUUGAGCUCCGCCGUCUAUGCGAGGGACAAUAAAUUAUACAAAAUGGAAGUCUAUGAUUUGAGAUUUCCAGAAACUACGCUUGAGGAUAUCGUCAACGAAGAGAAAAACCUAAAGUCCACAUUGAAUCAAUUAGAAGAAAAAUUGGGAGACAAGAGUGCGACUGCAGAGAUUUAUAGGACCGAACUUGAACUUCGUACGCAGGGUCUAGAACACAAAAUGAAUGAGAAUUCGAUGAAUUUGAAAUCGGAUUUUGCUAAGAACAUGGACCAAUUGAAAACAUCACUGCGCUCUGCACUGAAAACUAAAUUAAACCAAAUUCUUCAGAAAAACGACAAUCCCAGCCAUGUCGAUGUGUAUGCCGAUUUACCAACGACUUGUGCUGAAGCCUUCGAUAAAUAUGAGACCACCGAAAGUGGUGUCUACACACUGUAUUUGCCGCAUACAGAGUUGGCGCCAUUUACAGUCUACUGCCUGGCCGACCCAGAUGGUGGUCCUGCUUGGACUGUGGUUCAACGGCGCACGGACGGCACUGAAGACUUCUACCUGGAUUGGGAUAAUUACGUUGCCGGUUUUGGUGAUAAGGAAAACGAAUUUUUUAUUGGCUUAGACAAAUUGCAUGCACUCACAAACGCUCAGCCCAAUGAGUUGUGGAUACAGAUGGAAGACUUUGAAGAUGAGCAACGUUUUGCAAAAUAUACAGAUUUCGGUAUCGGCGAUCAUAAUGUGAAUUAUAAGCUAAAUAAAUUGGAUGGCUUCACUGGUGAUGCGGGCGAUUCUUUGUCAGUGCAGAAGGGACGUGAGUUUUCAACGCGAGAUCGUGAUAAUGACAACGAUCCAACCAAGAGUUGCGCAGUCACAUAUACGGGCGCUUGGUGGUACAAUCGUUGCCAUGACAGCAAUCUAAAUGGUCGCUAUUUGGAUGGUGAAUACGAUUAUGAUGACGAUGCACAGGGUAUUGAUUGGUAUACCUGGCAUGGGCACCAAUAUUCUUUGAAAUACGUGCACAUGGCCAUCAGACCGAAAUUCGCUCUUCGUUGAAAUGUGGAUCGAGUAACCUGUCAUAUAUAUACAUAUAUAUAAAUUUUUCCAAGUCUAAUUAAUAUGAAUAAAUUAAGAAUGCAAUAAAAAUCCAAUCCGAAGACAA